UUCGGACCCUGUUUCACCACACCUUUGAACCAUUCGUUUUGACUUGACCCUGUCGGCCAGACUAAAUUACAAAAAGCUGCUAGUAGUCGACAUGAGGGAGUACGGUUACGUGGAGAUUGAGGUCGACUGCGCAGAUAUGCCAUGGUGCAGUCUUUGCAGAACGUUCUUUCACAAGGACUCGGACAAAGAGUGUCCUCGGAGCGAGAUAUACAAGAAAGCGGUAGCAAAAGAGAAGGGAACAGGGAAAGAGAAAGAAGAGAUAGAAGAGAAGGGGAAAGGCAAGGAAGCGAGAAAAGAGAAGGAAGGUGACCCUAACUUUCAGGAGAAAGUUGGGGAGAAGGAGAAGGAAACGGAAAAGCCCCCCCCACAGCCCAGCCCCUCUCCAACCGAGCUUGAAGAAUUGAAAGCGGAUGGCAGCUCCGGCUCAUUCGGAAGAUCCUGGGUGGAGCAUGGGAUCCUGCAGUUGAAGGACCUGUGGGAUUAUGAAAUCUCGGAUUGGCUGCCUAUGGAGAAAGUGAAAAGAUUGCUACCGAGGCUCAGAGGAGUAGAACAAAACUACAGUAAAAUUAAACAGGCAGUGCCUCCACAUUGGGUUAAUGCACUCAAGGAUGAUAGGGAGCUGAAUGCUGGCUGCUGGGUAGAGGAUCCCUGCAACACGGGGAGGCUUUGGAAAAUAAUUGGACCAGAUCUGAGAUCUGGAAUGAAAGUCCAGAUCUGGGGGGUUAGACCAGCGAGCCACAACAGAUCUUUGGUUUGGAAGGAAGAUGGGAUGAUCGGCUCCACAAUGGGCUUGCAGGAAGUGCGAGUUCAUGAGCAAUUCACAAAAAAAGGAACGGCCUGCCAAUUGGAGAACAGGGAUACGGACUCUGAUGUGGGAAAUCACGGUCGGAAACGUAGCAACCGAGAAGAGGGUAAGACAACCGUAGGCGGAAGGAUGGACAGAAUGAACAACGGGGGCUUUAAUGGGAAUGGGAAUGGGGGAAGCGGGAACUAUGGGGGAGGAGGGUACAAUGGCGGGAGCGGGCAAGGGGUGACAUGCUACAACUGCGGUAAGAUGGGACAUAUGGCUAGAGAUUGCUGGGCCAAGAGGGGGAGGUUGGCAAGCGAUCCUGAGUUGGACGGAAUGAAGGAAUUUUAUCGAGAUAUUCUGAGACAGAAACGAGACCAAGAGGAGAAGAAGAGAAGAGAGGAGGAACAUGCGAAGAGGGAGGAGGAAGAUAGACGUAGGUGUGAUGAACUCUCGAGGAAGGCACAGGAGUUGAAAGUUGAGAAUCUGAUGGCCCGAGAACUGAAGGAAGGCAUGCGGAAGCAGCAAGAAGAAUUGCGGAAGCAGGCAGAAGAACUGAAGAGGAAACGAGGAGUAGGGGAAGGUACGCCAAAACGGGGACGAGCAAGACGGGGAGGGGACGUCGACCAAGAUUUCUCGGAUCCCCCAUCAGAGGAAGAAUCCGAUCUAAGCAAGAGAAUCGGGGAGCUCAUACGGGUGCUGGAAUCAAGAACACCACCGAGGACAGAUCCAGAGAUAUCUCCGCGGCGUUCCCCGAGGGACACACCACGGCGGACGAAAGUGACCAGGAGGCAGACAAGAUUCGAGCAGGGAGAAAGCUUAGCGGCGGCGGAGAGAAGAGCCUCGCGAGAUCGAGAGACAAAGGCAAGAGAUCGCUACGAAGACACGGGCUUCCUGCUCAAGAAGCGGUAUGAUCAUACUAUGAUGGACUUCAUUUUUAAUCUCCAACGGGAUCUGACGUCGAAGAGGGCGGACCGUAUCAAGGGGCUAUGCCGCAAGGCAGGAAUCAAGUAUAUCACUAGGGACCAAGCCAUCGAGGAACUGGUCCGACAGAACACUGACUUGGCAUAUGAGGGGCUAUAUGAUGAUGAAGGGAACAACGAAGAGGAACAGGAUCCAGUGGUUGACUUGGGAGAUGACGAGGUCCUGACAAGUCCAAGACCUCCGAGGCGCACGACGCCUAGAACACCGCACAGCGAUCGACUCUCUCGCCCCUUAUGCACUGUUUCCCUAUGGAAGUACCUUGCGGUGCUUCUGCGGUUUCGGUGUGCCCUAAGGGGGCAGGGCGAGGGUAUGGAGGUACUCCGAUUGGUGGGAAUCUCCGCUGCAACGGCAUGUAUGCUCCUCGCGCUCCAUGGACACAUUCCAUGGAUGGAGAAGCUUCUCAGGAUGUUGCCUCUGCAGGGGAGAAUACCAGAUCUUGGAGCGAAAGGGGUCUAUGAGGAAGAGAACAGAGAAAGUGGGCAAGUCUUAGCAGCGAUGAGGGCAGAGUACGAUAUGAGAGGACUCACGGCGAUUGGAAGAUGGGUCCCAAGCGGGAGACUGGGACAGGUGUACACACGGCUGAAAGACCAGACGGAGGAGAUCGCUAGCAACCUGACUCGGAAAGGAAGGUGUGACUCUCUUUUGGUACGAUGCUCUGAUGCUAAAGAGAUGUUCACGCAUCUGUCACACGGAGCGAUAAGGGAUGCCACUGAGUGGCUGUUUUCUCAUUUCGAAGACCGAGGGUAUCGACAGUUCAAGGUGGCAGUUAGAGGAAGGCUCACAGUGCUAAGCAAGACGCGGAAGAAGGAGGAAGGAUAUGUCACAGUAACAAUACAGCACAUCAGGGAGAUGCUCGGUUUUCAGCUUGCAGGGUCAUUCGCAUCAUGUCAGACUCUCACCAUCAGGCAAGUAACUGGGAUCCCAAUGGGCAGGGCUACGAGCCCAGCCCUGGCAUGUAUUACUUGCGCUCACGCAGAAUUCCAAUUCCUGACGUCACUCGGGAAAGACAGGAGUCUGUGUCAUGGCAUUCGGGUGGUUGAUGACAUUACGCUGUUUGUCGGGUACACAGCAGGUGAUGUUACAACAGUGACGAGAGCAAUGGAGAUUGUGCAAACCUUCGUGGACAACUACACGGAAGGUAUUGUUCUGAUAGAAAAAGGGGAAGAAGAGAACACGUUAGAGUUCGUGGGCACAUGCAUGAUGGCAAGGGUAACACCAAUCAACUUCCAGAUCUGGCCCGCACCAAAAAACAAGCAGGCACUGCACGAAACUCGUCAACUCCAUUUUCACUCCAUGCAGGAUUUUGGCUCAUGCUCGUCGAAGCUGGUCAAGGUGAACACGCUGCCAACCAUGUUCAGGAGACAGCGAAUGUUGGCAUCCUCCACUACGGCGGCAAUACCAGCCAUGUGCGCGGUGAUCAGGGAGGCACUCCUCCGGGGCUAUCCCCCGGAGGUUUUCCUCCAGGGUCUGGCCGGUUCGGAAAGACUGGCUACUGAGCCAGUUUUUGAUGCGUUUCACGCCAUGGUCCGGGAACUGUGGCGGAAGGCUGGACCAGGUAGUACUACUGGGAAGUACAGGUGAAUACGGGCUGGGGGUUGGACAACACCGGAAUUUUUCAUUUGAG